AUGCCCCAUGAUGUAGCUUCACCGGACCACCUCUUGCCAGCCCAUGCUGUCUGCAGUGCUCCCAGUAGUGCUCCCAGCAGUGCUCUGUCCAGUGGUCCCAGUAGUAGUGCUCUGUCCAGUGGUCCCAGUAGUAGUGCUCUGUCCAGUGGUCCCAGUAGUAGUGCUCUAUCCAGUGCUCCCAGCAGUGCGCUGUCCAGUGCUUCCAGUAGUAGUGCUCUGUCCAGUGGUCUCAGUAGUAGUGCUCUGUCCAGUGGUCCCAGUAGUGCUCUGUCCAGUGGUCCCAGUAGUAGUGCUCUGUCCAGUGAUCCCAGUAGUAGUACUCUGUCCAGUGAUCCCAGUAGUAGUACUCUGUCCAGUGGUCCCAGUAGUAGUGCUCUGUCCAGUGGUCCCAGUAGUGCUCUCAGUAGUGCUCUGUCCAGUGGUCCCAGUAGUAGUGCUCUAUCCAGUGCUCCCAGCAGUGCUCUGUCCAGUGGUCUUAAUAGUGCUCUGUCCAGUGGUCCCAGUAGUAGUGCUCUGUCCAGUGCUCUGUCCAGUGGUCCCAAUAGUGCUCUGUCCAGUGGUCCCAGUAGUGCUCUGUCCAGUGGUUCCAGUAGUAGUGCUCUGUCCAGUGGUCCCAGUAAAGUAGGUAGGUAG